AUGCAAAAGAACAGACCUCAAAUAAUUAAGGGCAAAGGUAAACCACCCCAGGAGAAAAAAGUAUAUCUCAUCCCAAAGCCCAAAACAAAUCUAAACCCCAGAACAGAAGGAUCCCUGCAGAUGACAGUAUCCCAACAGAACAAUAAGGAGCAAUCCCCCGAAGAAAAUCCACGAAACACAUCAAUAGGGAACGAGUUGACUAAAUCCCUAAACCAAGAGGGACCUCUGAGGUCCAGUAAGCCGACAUCCCAAUAG